AUACAACAAUAUUUUUCAAUUAAUCACUCAAAAGUGUAUACAUAUUUAUAAUAAAAACAGAAAUCACUUUCUCCAAAAAUAUAUUGUUAUAUUUUUGUUUUGUUUUUUUCUCUCCAGAGAGAUCCCAGUCUUUGAAUGUUAGGCAAAAAUGUUUGCAACACUUCCAGCAAAAAGUAGCUGUUCGAGUCCUGACAUGUUUUCUCCGGGUAGUCUGGCUUUCUCAUGCAGUCUAAAACCAUGUAUGGUUGGUUAAUUUUUCACCAUUGAUUUCCAGAUAUUCAUGUCAAUGUAGGCAAAACGUUAUUUAAAGUAUCAAACACAGAAUAAACUACAGCUAUGGUCCUACAGCUAUAAAUUAAUUAAAAUAGUUCAAAUUAACUAGUUAAUUUUUCGAGCAUGCGCAGUGUUGACCUGUACCUCUCGUCUCCCUGGGUUACCGUCGACAACUCAGUUAGCUCAAUCAGCAAUGCUAGUUCGGCUUUACAUGGAGCCUUUUUAUAUUGUUACGUGUUUUUUGUAACGACGUACGGUCAUUUUCCAUACAGAGUUACUUCAUCGUACAAUGUUGAGUACUGCCUAACAGAAAGUAGCUUAGAGGCUAACUAGCAUCAGCAAAACUCUUGAUGAUAGCAUGCUAAUGCGGAUGAGAGCGCGUUGUUCUCCACAGUUUGGUUUACAUGAUGACAGAUCAGGAGGUAAGGACACUUGCGUAUGCAAAAAGUCCGAAAACAUCGAAAAGAACUACAUUCCAGGAUGAACUUCAGGCUGCUGUGUCUUCCAGGGCAAGCAAAGCAAAUGCACAACACUUUUAUUUUGAUGACACUAACGAGGAUGAAGAUGAUUUUUUGGAUAAACUUCUAACAUCAAGAAAAAAGAGGAUUGAUGCCUUCAAAGCAGGAAGGAGUAAAGCGACAUUUAAUGCCUUUGAGCUUUCAGAUGAAGACAAACCCACUAAGCCAAAGAAAGUAUCAUUCCUGAAAUCCCACAGAAGCAGCUCUAACUCAAAAGACACAUCAGCGUCCGAGCCACCUGAGUCCUCUAAUGACGGAAAUGUCCAUAAUGAUGGAAAUGUCCAUAAUGAUGGAAAUGUCCAUAAUGAAGCCUCUCUGUACCCUCAGAACUCAACAAAUCUUAGUGCUGAAAACUCGGAAAUUAAUCCAUCUAGUGAAAAACCGACAAAUGGUCUGUUCACAAAACAGACCUCAAGUCUGUCAUGUAAGACAUCAGAUGAUUCUCUUUCUUUGCGGUUACCAUCUGACGGAAGUGUGGUGGAGACGCCUGGUCCAGAAGAAGAUAAGACAAAUCCUGGUGUGGAAGAAACCUCUGAGACGCCACCAGUGUUUGGACCUCACCUCUGCAACACUGUUUCAACUGACAGUGUUCCAGAGAUGGAGCCACCGAAACCCAAACCUCGGCAAAGGAUGCUUGGGCUGAAGUCACACGUUUCACAGAAGAAAACGGGGGAGGAAAGUGAAUUUCAGGAUUUCAGCAGACCUCAAACGUCUUCUAUGUCCAUUCCCAUCUCAACUGAUGCAUCCAGCAACAUAGCAUGGACAGACGGAGACCAGACAGCUUCGUGUAGCCCCAGCAAGUCAUUUUCAAAUAAGAGUGAACAGUCACAAUUCAUCACCAGGUCUACGUUUGAUUCUGGUUCCAGAGAAGGCUUUAUAUCCGACGACAGCAAGGAGCCAGAGAGACCCUAUUCUUCAUCAUUUGAAGAAUUUAAUGGACAUGCAGGAGAUCCCUCAGAUCAAACCUCUCAUGCCCCUGGAAAGUCAUUUGACACCAAGACUACCAGUCCUCAUUCUAAAACUACUGAGAGGUCUCAGAGUGCAUGCUCCAGAAAGGUGGAGUCAAAAUAUUUGGGAACACUCAAAGUUCUGGACCGGAAACUGUCCUUACAGGAGUCUUCUCCUCAAGCAGCAGAAUCUAUCAGAGCUGCAGUUUACCAGGAAUGGCUCAAAAAGAAAAAAGAAAAGUCAAGAGAGAACAUGCAGCUGAAGAAGAAAGAAGAGCUUAUGAAGGAACAACAGAAAAAGGACAGGGAGUCUAAAAAGGAAGAUGCCAACGCCUCUUUUGAAGCCUGGAAAGAAAAGAAAGCAGAAAUCCUCAAAGCCAAAGCAAAAGAAAGACAAAAUAUGAUUAGAAAACAGCAAAGGGAGAGUGAAGAAAAUGAAGAAAAAAGACAAUCUGCCAAACAGGUGUUUGAGAACUGGAAGCGUGAGCAUGAUCAGCUGCUCAGAGACAGAAACAGAAAGCAGAAAGUGGCUGAAAGUAAACAGAAGCUGAAGAAGCAGGGAAAAGAAGAAGAAAGGCAGAGAGAAAGCAAAUAUGCUUUUUCUGACUGGUGUGACAAAAAGAAAGAUGUUCUUCACGAAAAGCUCAAGAGGGAGCGUGAGGAAAUGGAAACAAAGGCAGAAGAAGAGCUGUACCUGAAGGAAGAAAAAGACAAGAUGGCCAUAGAGACCUAUGAAAACUGGCUGAUAAAAAAGGAUCGAGAGCAGAGGAGAAGACAAGACGAAAGAGUAAUACAAGAAAUACUUCGGGACAGUCCUCCUCCACCGUGGAGCCCUCCAAAUAAAACCAUCCCAUUUGGAAAGUGACAAUCUACCGUCUGUUAUCUUUUAUAUUUAUUUUCUAAUAAAAGACACCUGGAUAUGGGCAUAAGCA